GUCCCAUUUAUGCUCUGCCUUCCCAUAUCUGAUUGAAAAACAAGAGUUUGGGAGAACUCUUCCAAGCCCAUCACUAUGAUAUGCGUCGGUGGAGUUCCUUUCCCUACCGGUUCCGAUGAUUCGUCUUCCUCUCAGGGAGAAGACAUCAUGAUGGCCUUAAUGAAUCAUCCUGCUUUGAUGGCUACAUCUUUUUCAUUAGGUGCCAUUGAGGAGAGAAUGUUUUCUCUUUCCAAUACUUGUCAUUUGGUGGGAACAAAACAAAUAAGAUGGGUCUAUAUUUUCCAAAGAGAAUAUGCUACCAUCAGCCCUUCACUUGUUGAUAUGGUUGGCACUGAUGAGGCGACGACCUGUGUAGGUCUUAUCAUACGAAAUCCUAAAAGUGGAAUGAUCUCUGUUGCCCAUAUUGAUUCUCCAGGUGUUGUUGAUAUUGGCCUAACCCAAAUGUUAUCCUCCAUUGUUGAUAAGGAUGAUGCCAUUUUGGAUGUACAUUUAAUUGGUGGUUUUAAUGAUGUCACACAUGAAGUCAGGCAUGAAAAUGAUGUAUCACACGAUAAUGCAAAGUGGGAGGGAUAUUCCUUCCCCAUUUGUUCGAAGAUAGUUGACACCAUGGGGAAGAGUACCAAUAUUUUCAACAUUAAAACGCUGCAUGUUCUUGAUCAUAACACCACAAAGGAUUCAAAAGGGAAUGCAUGCCCGAUCUUCAAUGGUUUCCUGGUGGAAACUGCCACCGGGUCAAUAUUUCCAGCAACCUUUGAUGGAACAACAAGAUGCCCAGAUGAACUCGUUAGGAGAAUCCGAGUGACUUCUUCGUUUGAGGACCUCAGUUGGAAGGAUAGAUUGCUGGAGACAUAUGACACACUGUCGGACCGAUUCAUUAUUUCUCCUUGCACAUGGUCCGCCCAUCAAAAACAGAUUGCUCUAGGUCUGCAAAAUCUAUGUGAUCCAGAAAUCCUUCGUAUCUGUUCCACCUCACCUUCUGCUGAGCCUCCUCAUUUUGUGGAUGAUCUAAGAAGGCAAUGGGAGUAUUUAAUCAAACACCCGGAUUGGCGAGAAACGUUUCCUGGUAAACGUCCCAGAAUAUUUGUGAGAACAGCUAAUGGGGGUUGGGACAGGCUCCUCUUGGACUAAACUAUUGCAUCUGGGCUGCGAAAUAUGCAAGCAUUCAUUCCAUGCCAUUGUAGAAUCAGAUUUAUUGCCCAAUGCUGGCGUAAAUUUCCCCCGAUCUAAUAUUACCACUUCAAUUGCCAUGGUCCAUGGAAGGUGAACAUAAUGCAUAAUAACUUGUGCACAACGAAAAUGUUAAGGACGAUAGUAAUAACAUCUAAAUCACUAUGGUGAAAAAUAUGCGUCUUUUAGUUGGUAUAAUGUCAAUUCCCCCUUCUUAUUAUAGAUAGAAUAAUAGAUAAUCUACCUGGACAUAUGAAGAUGGGGUAUCCCAGUUUGAGCUACACCCAUCCCAUGUCCAUAUGAAUACAAGAUUAUACAGUGUGUUUGGUCAUGGAGUUUCAAUUUUAGCUGGAUUGCGUCGAGAAUUUUGAGCAAAAUGUAUUGUACACCCUAGUACAGUUUUCCAGUUCGGAUCUUUUUGUGAUUCUUGGAAUUGCUCUUUUUACACAUGAAGACUGCUUAUUUAGCAUAUUUAAUCGUGGUCGC